AUGAUAUCUGGGCGAGGUGGUGCGGGAGCGCGGGCUGGCCGCAUCCGCCCGCCUCGUCGCAUUCUUCGUCCGAAUGCCGCGGGGGAAGACGGAGAUUUCGAGGACUGCUGGAACAUGCUCAAGGAGGCCCUGCGAGACAUUCACAACAAAAGCUGCGGUCGACUGUCGUUCGAGGAGCUGUAUCGAGCCGCUUACAAGAUCGUGCUGUUAAAAAAGGGCAAGCUUCUGUACGAGCGAGUCAAGCAGUUUGAGGAGCAGUGGUUCGCCGAGCAUGUCAUCCCCAAGAUUGAGGUCUUGGUCACCAGGAGCUUGAUCAAUAUCGGCAUCGACAGAAACCUGGCGAGCUCGGCGAAUGAGCGCCGCCAGACGGGCGAAAACUUCCUCAAGGGACUGCGGGACACCUGGGAGGACCACAACAUGUCCAUGAACAUGACGGCGGAUAUCCUCAUGUACCUGGAUAGAGGGUACACACAACAAGAGCCGAAUCGGGUACCGAUAUUCGCGACGACCAUAGCUCUCUUCCGGGACAACAUCCUGCGGUCCUGUCUCAACGCCAACUCGACCAAUCAUGUCAUUGAUAUUCUCAUCUCUGUCAUGCUGGAUCAGAUCGACAUGGAACGCGAGGGCGACGUCAUCGACAGGACUCUAAUACGGAGCUGCAGUCGGAUGCUCACUUGUCUCUACGAGGCCGAAGACGAGAACGAGAACGACAAGCUUUACCUCACGGUAUUUCAGCCUCGGUUCCUGACAAACAGCGAAACCUUCUAUGCGGCAGAGUGCCAGCGCCUCCUCCGAGAAUCCGAUGCCAGCACCUGGCUGCGGCACACCCAGCGGCGUCUACAUGAGGAGGUCGACCGGUGUGGCACGACGAUAGAGUUGGAGACGCUUCCCAAGGUUUCGGCAGUCGUCGAGGAGCAGCUCAUCGUCAAGCAUUUGUCAGAAUUCCUUGCCCUCGAGGGCAGUGGGCUGAGGUGGAUGAUUGACAAUGACAAGAUCAAUGACUUGUCAAUACUGUACAGGUUGAUUUCGAGGGUGGAUGAUGAAAAGACGGCUCUUCGGGACAUUUUACAAAAGCGGGUUGUUGAACUAGGGCUCGAGAUUGAGACGGCGUUGCGAAACACCGACUUUUCAACAGCCCCCCAACCUGAUGGAGACGAGCCCGCGGAGGCGGACAAGACCAAAGCGCUCAACCCGGCCGCCCAACAGACUGCCGCUGCCAUCAAAUGGGUUGAUGAUGUGCUGCGCCUCAAGGACAAGUUUGACAACCUGUUGACACAAUGUUUCCAGGAUGACCUCGUCGUCCAGACCUGCCUCACCAAGAGUUUCUCCGACUUUAUCAACAUGUUCGCCCGGAGCUCCGAGUACGUGUCGCUCUUCAUCGACGACAAUCUGAAGCGGGGCAUCAGAGGCAAGACCGAGGCUGAGGUGGACGUGGUCCUUGAAAAGGCCAUUGUCCUCAUUCGAUAUCUUCUUGACAGAGACUUGUUUCAGACAUACUACCAGAGACAUUUGGCCCGCAGACUGCUUCAUGGCAAAUCUGAGAGUCACGACGUGGAGAAGCAAAUCAUAUCUCGGAUGAAGCAGGAGCUCGGACAGCAGUUCACGAGCAAAUUUGAAGGCAUGUUCCGCGAUCUUGUAACGUCCUCGGAGCUUACGACAACAUACAAGAAGCACAUGUGCAACGUCAGUGAUGGGGGGAGGGUCAUUGACUUGAACGUCAGCGUGCUCACGACCAACUACUGGCCGCAGGAAGUCAUGGGCCGGCAGGCUUCCAUCGGCGACGGCUCCCGCAUCACCUGCAACUAUCCUCACGAAGUGCAGAGGAUGCAGGCCAGCUUUGAGCAGUUUUACCUUGGCAGCAGGAACGGGAGGAAACUCACUUGGGUAGGCACAACGGGCAGUGCGGAUAUCAAGUGUGUAUUCCCAGCGAUUCCUGGCAAGUCUGGCGCGCUGGCUCGAGAGAGGAGGUACGAAAUCAACGUGCCAACAUUUGCCAUGGUCGUGUUGAUGCUCUUCAAUGACCUCGGAGAUGGCGAGAGCCUCGGAUUUGAGGAGAUCCAGGCCAAGACCGGCAUAUCGACACCGGAUCUCAUGAGGGCGUUGACAGCAAUCGCAAUACCGCCGAAAUCUCGAGUCCUGGCCAAGGAUCCCCUCACCAAGUCCGUCAAGCCCGGCGACAAAUUUGCCUUCAACUCGAGCUUCCAAAGCAAGACGGUGCGCAUCAAGGCGCCAAUCAUCAACGCAGUCUCCAAGGUCGAGGACAUGCAGGAGAGAAGGACUACAGAGGAGAGGAAUAACCUGACGAGGGCCCAUAUCGUGGACGCGGCCAUCGUGAGGAUCAUGAAAUCUCGAAAAGAAGUCAGCCACUCGCAGCUAGUGAGCGAGGUUCUCUCACAGCUCGCCGGGCGAUUCAAGCCCGAAGUGUCUGUGAUCAAAAAGCGGAUCGAGGACUUGAUUGUGCGGGAAUACCUGGAGCGACCGGACGAAGAGGGUGCGCCGUCAACGUACCGCUACAUGGCGUGA